AUGGACAACCUGACAUUCAGAUACAACAUACUCUUAGUGGAGGGACUGAAAGUUACACCUCAGUCCAGCCAUCUUGCAUUCAUCCUUCUUUUGAUUGCUUACAUAUUUAUAAUGGUAGCUAACAUUGGGAUUUUGAUUCAGAUCUCAGCAGAAAAAAGUUUACACCAGCCCAUGCAUAUUCUUUACUGCAACCUGCCACUGAGUGAUGUACUUGGCACAAAUAUUAUUGUUCCACGCUUGUUGAAGUAUAUUUUUAUGGAACCCUCUGAGCGCUACAUCACAUAUGUGGAGUGUGUUAUUCAAAUUUUCUUUGCACAUUUGUAUGGAACAACAUCCCACACUGUGCUGAUGAUUGGCCUUACUGUGCGUCUGUCUCACUGCAGAUAUGUGAUUCAAAAUCCCUUUUGUGACAAUGCUUCACUGUUUAAACUUUCUUGUGAAAAUGUGGUUAUUAAUAAUGUUUAUGGAUUAACUUUUACUAUAGUUUUACUCACUUCCUCAUUGGGGAGUGUGGCAACAACAUAUCUCAGGAUUGCAAUUGUAUGCUUUAAAAGCAAAAAUAAAGCCACAAACAGCAAGGCCAUAAAAACCUGCAGUACUCACUUAGCUUGUUAUGUAAUCAUGAUGGUCUCUGGAUUCACAACCAUUUUUCUCCAUCGUUUCCCUGAAUUAUCUGAUAGUCGGAAACUAUCUACUAUAUUAUUCCAUGUUGUACCUCCAUGCUUGAAUCCCAUAAUAUAUGGUCUGCAAGCCAAAGAAAUUAGGCAGAGGAUUUUUCAACUAUUUAAUAGAAAUAAAGUUAAUUCUAAGUGA